AUAUGUCUUUAUUAUAAGAAUCAUAAAACUCCAUUUUUGAGAUGUGAAAUUCAUCGCUCAUGGCGCUACAAUCAUCCGAACCACAAAUCAGAGUCCAAAAAUUACUCGAAACACAUCCCUCUCAGGUUCCGCCCCAAUACAUCCAGCCGCCGCACCACCGUCCCUCCCACACUAACAAUUCCACCCACCUCUCAAUUCCGGUGAUCGACCUUUUCGGAUUCGAUCCGUCCCACAGACCAGCUGUUCGAGCCGCCAUUGGUCGAGAAUCGGGCGAAUGGGGAGCUUUUCAAGUCAUCAACCAUGGAAUUCCCAUAUCAUUGCUGAACCGGAUGAGAGCUGCGGCUCUGUCUUUUUUCAGAGAUUAUUCCGUCUCCGAUAAGCUCGCCUACGCUUGCGAUCCCAAUUCCUUCGCUUCCGAGGGUUAUGGCACACAAAUGCUCCUCGAUAAACAUGUCCACUCCCAAUCUUCGGUGCUUGAUUGGAGAGAUUACUUUGAUCACCAUACACUGCCGCUUUCACGCCGUAAUCCUUCUAAUUGGCCUCAUUUUCCUUCCGAUUACAGGGAGCUUAUGGCACAGUACAGCGAUUGUAUGAAAUUGCUUUCUCAGCGUCUCUUAGCCCUUAUCUCUGAAAGUAUUGGGCUGCCUUCGUCGUGGAUGGAGGAUGCCAUUACUGGUAUGGGUGCGGAGGAAGGUUUUUAUCAGAAUAUUACUGUUAGUUAUUACCCUCCAUGUCCUCAGCCUGACUUGACUCUUGGUCUGCAAUCUCACUCCGACAUUGGCGCCAUCACUUUGCUAAUACAAGAUGAUGUUAGCGGCCUUCAGGUUCUCAGUGGGCAAGGUGAUUGGGUUACUGUUCAUCCUCUGUCUCCUGAUGCCAUUGUCGUCAUUUUAGCUGACCAAACUGAGAUCAAUGUUUGUGGGGGCAAAAUAGACCAUUCAUGAGGAAGAAAAAUAACUUAUAGCUCAACAUAUGAUGAUGGUGGGCCAUUAGACAGCCGUCAAUUUGUAGCUGAUUGUUUAGGAGGACGUGCUUGGUUCUAUGGAUGAAAAGCAGUACAGACCUUGGCAGUUCUCUUGCUUAUCAUAUCUUGAUGAACCUUGUCGGCCACAAGUAGGAUGUUAGGGAUGUAUUUGCUGCUGCGGUUCCUGGGUUUGGAGCCUUUUGGCUUGAUGUUGCUAUUGACUGGAGCAAGAGGUGUUGGUUGGAACUCUCUUUUGUCAAGAAGAACCCUGCUCCUUGCAAGAUUGAUGCUUGACCAGAGUACUUAUGCUCUUGAGUAGAGUAGAUUGGUGAUGUAAUACAAACCUGGGACAAACUCGGGAUGGAAUGACAAAACUCGGGAUGAAAAGACAAAACUUGGGGCAAACUCAGGCCAAUCUCGGGAAAAUGUUUUACUAUUUCUAUUAUAGUUUACUUUAUAGUUGUUGUUUCAAUUGCUUAGUUAGUUAGUCAGUAACUAGCUUGUAUAUAUUUUCAUCAAUAAAUAAUCAUCUUCUCUCACGUUGAGAGGUAAGAUUUCAUUAAAAAAGAAAAGACUUUCAUUCAACCAAAAAUAGUCUUUGGCAUUACAACAAUUGGUAUAAGAGCACCAAAAGUUUCUAGGUUAAAUGGUUGUUCACGUGUAAACCCGACGGCAGCAAAACAACCUGUUCAAAACCAAGAGGCGGAUGAAACCCCGUCCUCUCUCCAAGAACCACCUCGCGACCCUUGCUGUCCUUGGAGACUUCGGUGGAGGGAAUACAAACAACACUAGAAGUUUUGCAAUGAUUAGAAACAUUAGCUCCUUCUUAAAUAAUGCACGAUGAACGUCAAGAAUUCUUUCGAGAUUGGGGGCAACAAGGCAUUCGAGGGGCUGGAAUUCAAAGAGGUGGGCGAAAUCGUCAAGAAAGAAGGUUUGAAGUGCAAGAAAGUAGGAGACCUAAUCAAGAUAUCAAGAAGUUCCCCCAAGAUUUCAAGAUUGCUUUCAAGAUUUUGCAAGAAUGGACUACUAUUGAUCAAAGAAGAUGUCUAAGGAAAAAACCAGAAGUUGGUAUUGACAAGAAAAUCAAUUUUACUUCCAUAAACAAUGUUGGAGUGCUGAUUCAAGUGAAUUUAGAAGAAUUUCAACAUUCAAAUUUUAGCCGGUUGAUUUUCUCAAAGAACUUAUCGUUAUCCAAAAUAGAAAUUUGAUUCUAGUGAUUCUAGUGACUCCGAUGAUGUUUCUAAGGCAGUUUGGCACAGAAUAAGGUGACAAUAUCGAAAAAUGGCCCAACAAUCCAACCAAACCCAUUUUCCAAGAAAUGAACGUUUAUUGGGGAAAUGACUCAACAUAUAGAUCAACUAUCAAUUCAUUUGCAAGAAUCCAAGAACGAAUUGGUUUCAUAUACAAAAGAAAAAAUAAAGGAAUCACGGUUGGAAAAUUUUCAAAUAGAAAAUCAUGAAGAUAAAAUUGAAGAACAAGAAUUUGAAAACGUUGAUUUGGAAAUGGUCACAAGUGAAGAUAGAUCCAACGGUAAAGAUGAAAAA